UUUUGUAUUUUUACGUUUUUGGAAGGGGAGAAACUAGACAGAUGUAAAAGGAGAUAAAAGCAGAAGACCAGAAAAAAGGGCCAUUCUAACUCUGUAGAGUGAGUAGCUGAGGAAAGCGUUUUGAGUGAAAUGAUAUUAUUACACAUACGAUGCUAUCCUGCUUAUCCUACACCACCUAAAUUGAGCCAAGAGCUUAGCAAAAACCCAACUUCAUAUCCAUCUUCAAGUGUUCUUCUCUGUUCCUCGGAAUGCAAACUCAAGCUAAGCUCCAAAGCUUCUUUCCAGUGUUCUUGCACCGAAAAGGAGAACACCCAUGAAGCCUCUUCUCAGGGCUUCUCGGCACUGUCAACAGAUAUUCCAUGGGAUAGUGGGAGUAUAUGGAGCACCAUGGCUUUUUAUAUGUUUAUUUUGCACAUUCCUUUGAGUUUUGGAGGGUUGUCUGUGGUUGCUAAGAUUUUGCAUGAACCUCAUCUUGAUCCACAGACUGAAAUAUUAUCACUGCUUGCAGUUCAAAUUCUAGAGCUCAUUGGGACUCUGUUUCUACUACAGUGGACUGCUAAGCCACAAUAUAAGUUUAUAAACUUCUUUAAAACUAACAAGUUAUCGAAAGAGCGGAACUGGUUGUUGGCAGCAGUACUAGGAUGUGGGUUUCUGUUUCUGUUGGUUUUCAUUACAUCAAUCCUUGCCGACAGAUUGAUUGGGCCCAAGGCUGUGAACAACCCUGUAUUGAAGGAGAUCCUCCUAAGCAGCAAAAUUUCAAAAGCAACUUGUUUCCUUGUUUACUGUAUUACAACUCCCCUUUUGGAAGAAACUGUUUACAGAGGGUUUCUGUUGAGAUCAAUUUCAGCCACAAUGAAAUGGCAGCGAGCAAUCUUCAUAAGCUCAGUCAUCUUUAGUGCAGCUCACUUUUCCGGUGAGAACUCUUUACAGUUAUUCAUCAUUGGGUGUGUCCUUGGAUGUUCUUAUUGCUGGACUGGAAAUUUAAGUUCCUCCAUUUUAAUACAUUCGCUGUACAAUGCCAUGACGCUAUUAUUAACAUUUUUGUCCUAAAAAUUUUAUCUAAGCCAUUUUGAUAGCCAGGGAUUUUGUGGAAGUUGGACCUACUUUUUUCCUCGGGUCAUUGAUAUUAAAUCUAACUAUAAUACACUAUGUGCACUUACAUUCA